GGAUACAAUUCAUGAUUUCAAAGUUUAAAGAAACUUAUUUUCUUCAAAAAAAGUAUGUAUAUUCAAAAUUUAAGGGACGGCAAAUAUGAAAAUAAGAGCUUCUGUUCGUAAAAUUUGUGAAAAAUGUCGACUGAUACGUAGACGGGGGCGAAUUAUAGUAAUUUGCUUUAACCCGAGACAUAAACAAAGACAAGGAUAAUCUUGCUAAGCGGAAACGCUCUAAAGGAUCUGAUGUACAAAUAAAAAAAUGUAUAAAUAAAAAAAAGGAUCUAUUUUGACAUGAAAUGGAUAUAUCCAUAGACCCCUGACUUAUAUUUAUGAGAUAAUAAAAUAUGGCAAAACCUUUACCAAGAAUUGGUUCACGCAGGAAUGGACGUAUUGGUUCACGUAAGAGUGCGCAUAAAAUACCAAAAGGAGUUAUUCAUGUUCAAGCAAGUUUCAACAAUACUAUUGUGACCGUUACAGAUGUACGGGGUCGAGUGAUUUCUUGGUCCUCCGCCGGCACUUGUGGAUUCAGGGGCACAAGAAGAGGAACGCCAUUUGCAGCUCAAACCGCAGCAGGAAAUGCUAUUCGAACAGUAGUGGAUCAAGGUAUGCAACGGGCAGAAGUCAUGAUAAAAGGUCCUGGUCUCGGGCGAGAUGCAGCAUUAAGAGCUAUUCGCAGAAGUGGUAUAUUAUUAAGCUUCGUCCGGGAUGUAACCCCUAUGCCACAUAAUGGCUGCAGGCCCCCUAAAAAAAGGCGUGUGUAAAUAUAAAUAUUGAAGAGAUUUCAAGAGACAAGAGAAAUAAAUAAUUCAAUGAUUUCAAUAUUAUUAUGAUUCGAGAGAAAGUAACAAUAUCUACUCGGACACUGCAGUGGAAAUGUGUUGAAUCAAGAACUGACAAUAAGCGUCUUUUUUAUGGACGCUUUAUUCUGUCACCACUUAUGAAAGGCCAAGCCGACACAAUAGGCAUUGCGACGCGAAGAGCUUUGCUUGGAGAAAUCGAAGGAACAUGUAUCACACGUGCAAAAUCUGAGAAAAUACCACACGAAUUUUCGACUAUAGCAGG